UCUCUUUUUCCAUCCUUAAAUUCCGCGAACCCCCCGGAGGAACUAAGUUGUAAAUCUUAAAUUGAUAAGUUUUUUUUUUCUUUGCUUCCUCGUUGUUAUUGGUGCUUGGCGGCGCUUCAAAGAGCCCCGACCCUGCAAUUAGAAGGCGGGUCCCUUUGCUGCUACUCAAGUCUCCGGGCUCGUGCCACAGAAGUUGCAUCGACUUCCAGAACUUUUUAUGAGCUGCAACUCGAUUUCAUCUACAGAAAGAAUAAUAAUAAUAAUAAUAAUAAUAAUAAUACACACAUACAUUCAAAAGAUUGGACUUUACUCAGGGAUGGCAGCAUCGAUACUGGAGGAUGAGGCUCGCUAUGGAUCCAGCCCUUUGGCGAUGCUAACCGCAACCUGCAACAAAUUUGGAGUCUCCAGCCCAGUGAGAGAUUCAGCUACGCCCGGCAAAACAGGCGACACCAACAACAACGCCAACAACCCCGGGAGGAAGCCUUACAGCCUGAACUCCGACCUCCAGCCUCCUAAAAACAGCCGGAACUCGGAGGAAAUGGGCGACUCCUACGCGGGGUCCUUCAACAGCGGGAACGGGCUCCUGACUCCCUCGGGCAGCCCGCAAGCCUCCACGGCAUACGGGACUGACUACAACCCUUUCUCCCACUCCUUCCAGCCGGCCCCUGUCUCCCAGGAUCCCUCUCUCCUGGUCUCCAAGGCCCACGCCACAGCAGACUGCCUGGCGAGCGUCUACACUUCCCUGGACAUGCCCCCGUACUGCUCCUGGUACAAAACUGGCAUCCACCCUUCCAUCUCCCCCAGCUCCGGCAAUGCCACGUCCCCAUGGUGGGACGUCCACUCCAACACCAACUGGCUGAGUGCCACGCAGACCCAAGCGGAUGGGCUUCAGGCAUCCCUGCAGCCCCCGCAGGGCUCUAUCAGUCCCCAGCUGCCAGGCUACAGCUCCGAAUUCACCUCCCUGAACCCUGCAAACCCCUACUCCACCGUGGGGCUGGGCAGUUCCUCUCACCUGCUGCCUUCUGGCCAGCACAUGCUCCCCCAGGACAUGUACAAGCCCAAACCGGUGCCCAACAGCUCCCUGAUGGAGACUCCCAUCGGGCUCAAGCCUUCGCGCAGCUAUGGGGGUUCAACGCCCGGCCGCUCCUCCUGCGACUGCCCCAACUGCCAGGAGCUGGAGCGGCUGGGGGCAUCGGCGGCCAGCCUCCGGAAGAAGCCUGUCCACAGCUGCCACAUCCCAGGCUGUGGCAAGGUCUACGGCAAGGCGUCACACCUGAAGGCUCACCUGCGCUGGCACACAGGCGAGAGGCCCUUCGUCUGCAACUGGCUGUUCUGCGGGAAGCGCUUCACUCGCUCGGACGAGCUGGAGCGCCACGUGCGCACCCACACCAGGGAGAAGAAGUUUACCUGUCAGCUCUGCAGCAAGAGGUUCACCCGCAGCGACCACCUCAGCAAGCACCAGAAGACCCACACCGAAGAGGAUCUGCAGGGCAAGGCUGGGGUAGAGGGGGAGCAGGAGAGGGAGGAGGGAGCAGUGGCUGCAGCCCCCCAAGCAGCCUCGCCGCCGGGCAAUGGGAUGCAAGACCCCAACGGGGAUGAGAACACCACCAGCCCAGAGCAGGGAGGAGGGCUGCUGGAGAUCUGAGUUCAAACUCUUCACUCCAGUAUCAGGGAAGUGGCUUCUUCAGUGAAGGACUGAAAGAGGUGCCCAUGGAAGGGGUCAUCUCAUAAUAAUAAUAAUAAUAAUAAUAAUAAUAAUAAUAAUAAUAAUAAUAA